AUGCACACAGCCCUGAGGGCCACCGGGGCACCUCUGCGAACCAGCUGGCAGUCGAGUACUCUGAUGAGGAGCCUCCACUCUUUGCCUUACCUCCUUCUCCUGCCACUGACUACCUGCUUCCCCCUGCUGGACAGAAGGGGACUCACAGACGUCGGUGACGUAGGAGCCAGGAUGAGCUGGGCCCACCUGGUUGAGGGACUCAGACCACACUCAGUUAGAGGCCCUUUCCUGUGGCCCAGAGCACCACAGCCGCAGGCCCUGCUUGUGGUGGCCAAGGAACUGCGGGCCUCACGCAGGGCGCACACUGGCUUCCGCCUGGGGAGGCAGGACAGUAGCAGCCAGGCGGCAGGGUUCCUGCCCACCGACUCAGAGAAGGCCAGCGGCCCCCUGGGGACCCUGGCGGAGGAGCUCAGCAGCUACAGCAGGAGGAAGGGAGGCUUCAGCUUUCGCUUUGGCCGGUGAGGGCCUUUGUGGACUCUGCCUGUAUUUCCACUAUUGCCCUGACCAACACCCGGCCCCUCAAGGCCCCAGACUCCAGAGAGUAAAGCCUGUUAUAAUGAA